GGACAGGGGAGAAGACCCUCGAGUCUCCUGCCCUCGGCAGUUGGGACCCAGAGUAUCUGCCUCUGGGUGUUUCCGUGCGUGUGCAAGAGCACAUGCGUGUUCAGCAAAGUGGGGGGAAGAGCAGCCCUGAAUCCUCUGCUUUCCUGCGGGGGAGGGCUGGCGGCUGAGGGAGCCCACCCCCAGCAUCCGAGCAGAUGCUCAGUGGACAGUGGGCAUGUGGCACGGUGACCACGGAGUCACCAACCGGGCCUCCUCCACAGCCUUCAUCUCUGUCUCGGGCAUCUGCCCCCUGAACCUUGACCAGGUCUGGCACUUCCUGACCCUGUGUCCUGAGCUGUCCCUGGACUGGUUCGUGGAGGGCCGCCUCGUCGGCUCCCUGUGGGCUGAGGAGAGACUCACUCAGGAGUCGCUGACGCUGCACAGGCCCGGGGGCCGCACGGCCCACCUGCACGUGCUGGCCAUGCACCGCCCCUUCCGGCAGCAGGGCAAGGGCUCCAUCCUGCUCUGGCGCCACCUGCACCACCUGGGCGGCCGUCCGGGCGUGCACCUGGCCGUGCUCACGUGCGAGGACAGGAUGGUGCCCUUCUACCAGAGGUUCGGCUUCCACCCUUUGGGCCCGUGUGCCGUAGGCUCACUCGCCUUCACGGAGAUGCAGUGCUCCCUGCGGGGCCACGCCUCCCCGCGCAGGAACACUGGCUGCUGA